GAGUUAAUCAGCGUGCUGGCCUUGAUUUUACCACAGUAACAAAAAUAACACCUUGUCAUUUAACUAAUUUCGUACAUUAAAACUUGUGUCAUGUCAAAUAUGGAAAUAACAGGUUUACUUGUCACAUACAGUUUGAGGGUCGUCAUGACAACUCCAACAAGCGUUCCAUCCGGUAUGCUAAAUGCCAGCCGAGAUAUUUGGAAGGUAUAUUCUGUGAUUGACCUAAAAAUGAAAAACAGAAUGUAUGUUUGUUUUUGCGAACUAAGAGGAUUGGACGAAAUAAUAUUACACAUUGCUAAGAUUUGUAACAUUUUGUUUUGCUUGAGGGCAUUAACCAGUGGUGUUUGAUUAGUUCAGUGUUCUGAGAUUUUUGGUUAUAAAGUUGUUUUAUUAGUAAAAAUGCUUAUCAAAUUCUGCUGAAAGAAGUGACUAUUAGUAUGAUCUAUGUUCUAUGAAAAUGAUUUUGUAAAAUCAAGAGUAUAUUAGAAAAUAUAUGGAAAAAAUGUUUUCUAAAGCUCAAACAAAGAAUAUUUACACACCUAAUAUACUAACUUUUCACAACUUCGAGAUUACCCCAAAUAGAGAAUAGGAUAUAAGUACAGUUAUUGCUUGGCAAUUACCUAUACAAACUGAUUGUGUGUAAUCAAAUACAGAUCAGAAAAAAGGCAAGAAAGAAGCUCAAGCUGCAGUCAACAAAAACAGUUUAAUUAAGACAUCAUCUAACAAAAGGCUCAACUCUUAAAUGUGUAACACUAGAGCUGAAGUAGAGUUAUCCCUAAUGCAGAGUACAUUAAAUGAUAUGUCUAUGGAAAUCAAAGAAGUUAGAAGGUGUCUAAACACCCUCAUGAAAAAAGGAGACAUUGAAUCUUCAGUAAGGAAUUCCGUCAAAGAUAUUCUAAAUGACUUUUAAAUAAAAAAUUUGGAAUUUACAGUGAAUGCCAAGGUUGAAGAACAAAGUAAAGACAUUAUGAAAAAGCUAGACAUGAUAGAAAAUGAAAAUGAGAGACUUAAAAAGAGCAUGGUCUACAAAAAACAUCAGUGGAGAAAUUAAAACAAUCUAUUAUGGAACCCUGCAACAAUCGCUCAAAGCUUGAAGACCAAAAGGCCAACUACAACGAGAAAUACAGCAGGAAAAAUAAUAUAAAGUUUUAUAUGGACAUUCCUGUACUCCUCUCAGAGAAUGAACAAUCAUUGACAGCUAAAAUCUAUGAACUUGUCGAAGAGAAGGAUAUUACUCCGGAACCUCCAAAAAUACUGGCAAUCCGUAGGAUACCAGGCAAACCAGGACACACAAAACCAAUACCAGUUAACCUUCAGAACAACUCUGAAAAACACAAAAUUAUGCAAAAAAAGUUCCCUGUUCAAGGCAACACGUACCCGUUUGGUUGAUGAUGUGACUAAUGGUCAGUUAACAUCCCGGCUACUCAAACAUGUUGCCAUAGGCUCGGCAUGGGUCUUCAACGGAUCAGUGUAUGUAAGAAUCAAUACAGGCGGGAAAUUCAAGUUUGAUAUCCAUGAUGUGAUCUAUGGGUUAUAUCUGCAUAGACUAUGAGAUUAUCUUUACAAAUUUAGGAGUACAAAGUUAGUUUCAUUACAUACAGUUUCUUGCCUCAAAGGAUUAUGAACAGUGACUAUUAUGUGUGCCUUCUUAGGAAAACAAUAUUAUUGACAUGCAAUAAUUGUCUGAAUUUUGUGUGCUCUGUUGUGUCUUUUUGAGGAUGAAUUUAUCUAUUCUAAGUAACUGAAACUUGUGUUCAGAGCGGUGUUAUAUCUUUAUAUUAUGACAUGUUCAUACAUGCCUUAUUUAUCAACUGUUUGUGCAUCAUAAGACAACUAAAUUCCAUUACAGCUGAUAGCAUCUCACAAUGGAAAAUAGCUUGUAAUACCUAUUUAUGGAAGAUUAUUUAUGCAAAAAUUCUAUCAUUGCAUUUGGUCAAACGCUUUAUGAUUCAUGACAAACAAUAUUGCAUUUGGUCAAAUGCUUUAUGAUUCAUGACAAACAUUCAAUUGCAUUUUGUCAAAUGCUUUAUGAUUCAUGACAAACAUUAUUGCAUUUGGUCAAACGCUUUAUGAUUCAUGACAACUAUUAUUGCAUUUGGUAAAGUGCUUUAUUGUUGAUGACAAACGCAUGCUACAUGUUGCAAUUUAGAUCACUUAUAUAUGGAUAUAAGUAAACCAAUUAAUGCUUUAAAUGUCCAAAUCCUAAGUAUCUUAUGUAUAGCUUCAUGAUAAAUGUUCAAAGUAUUUUUCUAACGCCAAGUGUCAAAAGAGAAAUGGUAGUCAUUUACUUGAUUUGGGUUAUUGGAGACUAGUUAAAUGUUAGCAAAUACGUUCUCUCAUUGUUAAUCAAUUGUUUUUAUUACAGUUAUUACAUGCAUACACUGUAAUGUCAUUAAGUACUUGUGUAAUGACAAGAGAGCAACGAUUUCUGUAUUGCGCUUUAUGCUUAUUCAUAUACGUAAUUUAAUGUCUUAAUAUUUUGUUAGCUGGGUCCAUUUUCGUUCAAAUGAAGAACGAUAACUCCAGCUUACUUAUUCGAGAAUACAGUUAAUAGCUGAUCCCUUCAAGAAACUCUCCUAAAAAGAGGUAGCCGGUGUCAUAGUAAAUAAUUGCUAUAGAAAACUAAAAUUCUGACAAAAGUUAUUAUUAUAAAUGAAAUGCUUUCGAUUAGCAGAGGAAACGAUGAUAUCGUAGCAAUAAGAAGAGGUAUACGUGACAAACUAAUCCAAGUUGCUGUAAGUGUAGAAAAUGGUUCCGUAGAUAACGUUGACUGCGAGUAUGACCUGGAGACGGUUAUUUUCUAUUUAACAGAAUUAUCUUAUUACGAAGAUGUAAAUGGUAUUAUUGACCAAGUGAAAGAGCCUUUUGGGCUGCUAACAUCUUUAGAUGACAAUGUGCUGGUCUCAAAUAAACCUAACCUGCUUUAUACACACAGGAAAGGCAGGCCAUCAUUUAACAUUCCAAAAGAAACAUUGUGCUAUUACAUAGAUAACAAAUUUACAAUAAAACAAAUGUCAGGAAUACUGUCAGUUAGUGAAAGAACAAUAGCAAAUAAAAUGUAUGAACAUGGUCUCUCCAUACGACAGUCUUACACUCAAAUUGAUGAUGAAGAACUGGAUGCUGAAGUGAAAAAGAAAGUGUCACUUUUCCCUACAGUGGGAUACAGAACAAUAAAAGCCCAUUUAUUGGCUGAUGGUGUGCGCAUUACUGACAAACGGAUUCAGAAGUCAAUGAGACGGGUGGAUCCACUUGGUGUUACGAUUCGAAAUUUAUUCCUAAGAACAUACAGAGUAAGGAGGAGGUCAUACAAUGUACCUGCACCACUGUCUUUAUGGCAUGUAGAUACAAACCACAAAUUAAUCAGAUGGCGUUUCGUUUUCCAUGGUGGAAUAGAUGGAUAUUCCAGGAUGCCAAUGUAUAUAGUAGUUGCUUCCGACAAUAAAGCAGACACUGCACUUCAAGCUUUUCUGAAAGGUGUAGCAGAAUAUGGAGUCCCACAGAGAGUAAGAACAGAUAAGGGAAAGGAAAACGUGAAGAUAGCAGAAUACAUGUUGACAGUACAUGGCAUUCAAAGCCAGAGUCAUAUAACAGGACGAAGUGUACACAAUCAAAGAAUCGAGAGAUUUUGGCGAGAAAUGUGGCAGGGGUGUACCUGUACCUUCUACAACUUAUUUUGGAGCUUGGAAGGGCAAGGGAUAUUAGAUGUGGACAAUGAAAUGCACAUUUUGGCAUUGCAUUUAGUGUAUUUACCCAGAAUACAGAGAUGUUUAGACAAGUUCUGUGCAGCUGUUGCAAGACGUCCUCUGCGAACAGAAAACCAGAGAACGCCUAUGCAGAUGUGGAUAAGUGGACAAGUACUUAAUCCGGCUGUUCAACUUACAAAUCAGGAAUUAGACUUAUAUGGACUCGACUUCAGUGGACCAGUAGAUACAAAUCCAGACCAAGACAUUGUUGUUCCACCUCUGUAUGAACUUGAUGACAAUAUUAUGAAUGAACUUGAAGUUGUGAGAUGCAUGAAUGCUGAUGAUCCAUAUGAGUUUCAAACCUUCUUAGAGGUUUGUUCUCGUUUACCAGCAAGAUAAGGGUUCUACAGACAUUGAAAGACAAUGAUUCCAAGUAUUGCAUCAUGUGUUUUUAUUUCAUAUAUGGCAAUAGGACUUUGGGACACAGUUUUGACUUUAAACACAGUUUUCAAAUUAGUACUUACUUUACCACAAAAUACACCAGUGACUUGUUUAUUGUAAACCUGAAUAUGUUUCUGAUAUAAAAUAA